CGCUGUUGGGGGCACCCUCCGCGGCGGGCAUCGUGCCAGGGACCAGCCCCCGCAGCCGCGGGGCGCGCGGGGCUGCACUUUCCCUUCGGCCCCCCUCGUUUCCUCCCGCGCCGCGGCCGUGGCGGAGAUUUCCUCUCGGGGAAACUACGCGGAUCCUUCCCGGGGCUCCUCGCCCCGCCCCAGUUCUCCGCCCCCUCCCCUUUGCUGGGGAGCGGGUGCGGGCAGAGCCGGGGAGGUGGCGGGGGGCCGCGGAGCCACUGGCCACCAACUCGCCCGGCCAUGUGACGCAACUCUCAACCCAGCAAACCCCGGCGCGUCCUGGGCCCGCUGCCGCGCCCCGCCGCGCCGCGCACCAUGCUCUUGCCGGGACCCGCGCGCCCACCGCCCGCGCCCCAGCCGGCGCAGCAUCCCGGCCUCCGCAGGCAGGUAGAGCCACACGGGCGGCUCCUGCGCCUCUUCUGCUGCACCGUCCUGGUCUGCUCCAGAGAGAUCACGGCGCUCUCGGACUUCUCCGGUAAGAAGCGUCCGCCGUCACGGUGCGCCUUGGCGCGCCCAGGUUACCUAACCAAACUCCUGCAGAACCACACGGCCUACGCCUGCGACGGGGACCGCCUGGACCUGCAGUGCCCGCGGCACUCCACCAUCAGCGUGCAGUCGGCGUUUUAUGGGCACGACUACCGAGCGUGCAGCGCCCAGCAGCCCACCGCCCAGGGGGCGGACCACUCGGCCUGCGUGGCCCCCACCACCUUGCAGAAGGUGCUGGACGAGUGCCAGAACCAGAGGGCCUGCCACCUCCUGGUGAACAGCCGAGUUUUUGGACCUGACCUUUGUCCAGGAAGCAGUAAAUACCUCCUGGUCUCCUUUAAAUGCCAACCUAAUGAGCUGAAAAACAAGACCGUGUGUGAGGACCAGGAGCUGAAGCUUCACUGCCACGAGUCCAAGUUCCUCAACAUCUACUCUGCCACCUACGGCCGCAGGGCCCGGGACUGGGACGUGUGUGCCUCAGGGGCUCAGCGGCUGCCCCCCUUCGACUGCCUGUCCUACUCGGCGGUGCACGUGCUGUCCCAGAGGUGCUACGGACGGCAGCGGUGCAAGAUCCUCGUCAACAACCAGCACUUUGGGAGCCCCUGUCUGCCGGGAGUGAGGCAGCGCCUCGCCGUCACCUACGCCUGCGUUCCCAAGCACAUACUCACAGCGAUCGAUCCAGCCGUGGCCGAUCCGAAACCCUCUGUGAAGCAGGAAGACGGUGACCACGACGUGGCGUCUGUCGCACCUAAAUAUGAAAUGUGUGCCUGGCGUGGGGGACGCGGGGAGGCACCAGGAAACGGAAAUCUUGCCUGGACUCACUCAGCGCUUAGAGGUGUGAAGGCUGACCCCAGCGAGUCCAGGGUUCCGAGGAACGACGGGGCCAUCGUCAGCAGCUCUCUGGCAGCGUUCGCUUACAUCAGAGCCCACCCCGAGAGAGCUGCCCUGCUGUUCGUGUCCAGCAUCUGCAUCGGCCUGGCCCUUGCGCUGUGUGCCUUGGUCCUCAGGGUGCCCUGCGCCAAGGACUGGCGGGAGCUGCAGCUGGCGCGGGAGCGCCUGGUGCCGGGCGGCGACGGGGCCGCAGAGGACAGCGAGGACGCCGACCCGGAGGAGGACUCUUCCGGCUCGGAUUUCCCCAGGGAGCUGCCGGGGUUUGGCAGGACUCCGCACCCCGCAUACUCGUCCGCGGAGGCCGCGGAGCUGGCGGAGAGGAUUGAGCGUCGGGAGCAGAUCCUGCAGGAAAUCUGGAUGAACAGUGGUUUGGACGCUUCGCUGCCAAGGAACGUGGGGGCCUUCUGCUGAGCACCGGACGUGCCUGGUGGCCUUGCCCCUCUGAGCGCGGGAGCGCCCGGCGCCCCUGGUUCUGCCUCACCUGUACCUUCUGUGAAGGAGCCUUUGUCGUCAUCGACACCUGGCGAAGCCAGAAAGGGGCCUUUCAAACUGUUUACAGCACAUUUCCAAACAAACCCCUCGGGAGGGUGUUGCUUUCGGCUGCGCCCACUCCCGCUGGUGUCUGCACACCCACACACUCUGAGUUUGCGCCCCCGGGCGCUGCCGACGGCUCGCAGCAUGAGUUCCUCCCCGCACAGCCUCCGCAGACAGUGCCUGCCUCCCACUCCACCGAGGCGCAGGCAGGGCGUCCCCAGGUCCGCCCAUUGAAACCGCAGCUGCCUGGGGUGCAGGGCCACCCGGCGGGCCGUCCUCCCCACGCUGCUCCGUCAGAGGCCAGAGGCUUCUUGGGUGGAGAGGAGACACGGAUGUCAGGGUUCUGCGUGGGCCGUGGCCACUCUGCUCUGCCUGGAGCUCAAAGGCAGCCCCAGCACAUCAGGAAUGAAGGGAACUGACUGUGUUCCAAUAAAACUUUAUUUAUACACA